UUCCCCCGAAAUUUUCAGUAACUGCAGCCGAAGCCGUCUAGUUUAAAUUAUAAGCUAUUGUUUCUUUAAUACGUUCUCGAUAAAUUUACACCUAUAGAAAAAGUAAUAAUUUAAAGUAUUCCUUAUCUGAGCCUCUUUGGAGAAUAAAUUAAAAUAGUGGGUUUAAUAUGGAUUCUAUGUUGGUUCCCGCAGUGAAAUGGACUCAGACAGGAGGAGAGACGGCCGGAGCUGGGACUGGGACGAUCCGGGUUGCCGAUCCCAACUGGACGAAAUCUUUUUCCGCCAACAUGACUACAUCCAGGCUGGUAGUCCACAACAUAAAGAGUUCUGGGCUUUCUUUGACCGCUUCCAGAGGUUUAAAACUAAGAGGGGCAUGUGUGGACCAGGCUCAAGCCGAGACCAUGACAGAGAAGCAGACAAAGAGAGUAAAAGGUCCAGCUCCGGAAAGGUAGACCUGGGUCUCCCUAGAGAGUAUGAUGCUCGUUAUCGGAUAAAUGUUUCUGUCUGCACCAAGGACAUCGAGGAGCAUAUGGGAAAGAUAGAGCACAGCAGAAGCAGGGGGGGAUCCUCAGGUCCAGGCAGCCAGGAGGUCUCAGACUGCCGCCUGGCUCUCCUACAUUUCCUGGACUUCAGUCAAAGGCAGAGCUUUGGAAAACUUGCAAAGCUCUGCAGAGAGCAGAAGAAUCUGCCCAUCUUCCAAUACAAGGACAAGAUCAUCGAGUUAGUGCAAAGACACCCUGUGGUUGUUGUGGCAGGGGAUACAGGUUGUGGGAAAUCCACUCAAGUACCUCAGUAUCUUCUAUCAGCUGGCUUCACCCACGUAGCUUGCACUCAGCCUCGACGUAUUGCCUGUAUAUCCCUCGCAAAGAGGGUCAGCUUUGAGAGUCUAAAUCAGUAUGGCUCAAAGGUGGGGUACAAGAUCCGCUUUGAGACCACCCGGACCGAGGCCACCAAGCUGUUGUUCCUGACUGAGGGGCUGCUGCUGCGACAGAUCCAGCAGGACAGGAUGCUGGCUCAGUACCAGGUGGUGAUUGUGGAUGAGGUCCAUGAGAGGCAUCUCCACUGUGACUUCCUCCUUGGGGUCCUACGCUCUCUGGUGGCUGACCGUCCGGAUCUACGUCUCAUUCUCAUGUCAGCCACCAUCAACAUCAAACUUUUUUCUGACUAUUUUAGCAGUGCUCCAGUGCUGCAGGUACCAGGCAGGCUGUUCCCUAUACAGGUCAUAUAUCAGCCCAUUCCACCUGAGGAGCAGCCUUCACGUUCAGAGAAACUGGACCCCAGGCCCUACCUACGCAUCUUACAGGGCAUCGAUCAGCGCUACCCUCCAGAGGAGCGAGGAGACCUGCUCCUUUUCCUCAGUGGUGUGGCAGAGAUCUCCACCAUCCAGGAAGCCUGUCAGAUUUAUGCCACACAUACACGUCGCUGGAUAGUCUUACCGCUGCACAGCACCCUCUCUCUGGCCCAACAGGAUAAGGUGUUUGAUAUUGCUCCUCCUGGGGUGAGAAAAUGCAUUAUCUCUACCAACAUCGCAGAGACUUCAGUUACAAUAGACGGGGUUCGCUUUGUUGUAGACUCAGGAAAGGUAAAGGAAAUGAGUUUUGAUCCAAAGGCCAAGAUGCAGCGUCUGCAGGAGUUCUGGAUCAGCAGAGCCAGCUCUGAGCAGAGGAAAGGUCGAGCUGGUCGCACAGGUCCUGGAGUGUGCUACCGCCUGUACGCUGAGUCUGACUACGAUGCUUUUGCACCUUAUCCUGUGCCAGAAAUCCACAGAGUGGCUCUUGACUCUUUGGUUCUUCAGAUGAAGAGCAUGGGUCUUGGUGAUCCACUUUCUUUCAUCUUCAUUGACCCACCUCCAGCUGCUAGUAUCCAGACUGCUGUUACAUAUCUGAAAGAGCAGGGGGCGCUGGACAGCCGCAAUGAGCUGACCUCUAUUGGUAGUUUGCUUGCACAGCUGCCUGUGGAUGUGGUCAUAGGAAAGAUGCUGGUGCUGGGCUCUUUGUUUAACCUCGUGGAGCCUGUGUUGACCAUAGCAGCAGCCCUCAGCGUUCAGUCCCCUUUCCUACGCAGCUCACAGCACAACCCUGACUGUGCAACCGCCCGCCAACCCCUACAUAGCAACCAGGGUGACCCCUUCACCUUGCUCAACACCUUCAAUGCGUGGAUGGAGGUAAAGGGAGAGAGAGGCGGCGGCUCAAGGAAGUGGUGCAGAAGGAGAGGACUUGAAGAGCAGCGGCUAUAUGAGAUGGUCAACCUACGCCGACAGUUUAAGGACUUACUGAAGAGCCACGGUUUGCUGGAAUCAGAGUACAGCUCUUCCUCUAGCAGUGACCGUGAGAAACGUAGGGAGAGGCUUACAGAGAGAAGGAAGCUGCAUCAGCUGAAGAGAGAUCACGAGCAGCAGGAAAGCAGCAGACGCAAAGUCCUGAAGCUGGAUGAAGGCCAGGAAGGAGAGUUUUCCUCAGGGUCUGACACAGAGGAGGCGGGCAGAGGCAAGAAGAGCAAGGAAGGAUCAGGACAGAACGUGGACAUACAGGAGGUGAAGUUCAAGUUGCGUCACAACGUGUCUGAGCUGCAGGAGGCGGUCAGCGUCAGUCAGGACUUGUCCUCUCGCCAGCAGGCGUUUCUCAAGCUGCUGCUUUGCCGAGGCCUCUACCCUCAGCUGGCACUGCCUGAUGAACACAACUCCACCCGCAAGGACUCAGACCAGGUGUUUCAUACAAAGAGCAAGCAGGGAGUGGUGAUCCACCCUACCAGUGUGUUUGCCACUGACCCAGAGGUGUUACAAGUGCCCGAGGAUGACAACAGAGAAAUGGGGCCUGAUAGAAGGGACAGCAGCAAACACCAGCUGCUAGCCUUCGUUACUCUGCUGGAGACCAACAAGCCGUAUUUGUCCAACUGUGUGCGGGUUCCAGCUCUACAAGCUUUACUGUUGGUGGCCAACUCUGUGGACAGUAAUGCUGACUGUACUCGCCUGGUGGUGGAUGGCUGGCUGGAGCUAGAGCUGAGAGAGCCAGAGGAGGCCCUCAAGGUGUUGUCUACAGCUCUAACUCUUAGGGCUGAGUGGGAGCGCCUCCUGUUGGCCCAGCUGGGACAGAGCACAAUGGGGGAAGCAGUCCAGGGCGUGUCCCGUAAAGUGAUGGAGAAGCUGAGUGAAGGCCUGGUCCGAUUCCUGCUCUACACAGAGGUCAGCUACAGUCUACGACGUCUCACAGCUCUGCAGACACAGAACCUGUACAUCGGCCCCCAGUCUGAGUCGUCUCACACUGGAGCUUCAGACCUAAACCCACUAUUUCCUGGAGCUGAGGCCAAACCUGACCCCCUUAAAGGAGGCCUGCAUGUCACCAGCUUCUUCACCUACAACUGUCUGGCUGACUCAAAGGAUCUCUACAGUGAAUGCUUACGCACUUUCUGGAGCUGUCCUAACUGUGACCUCUACAUGCCUCUUACUCCACUGGAACGCAUGCAGCACGAGGCCUCCUGCAGGCCAGCAGGAGAACAGCAGGAGGAAGAGGCAGAAGGUGGACAGGCCCGCCCUUCCUCAGUGUCCAGCCUUACAAGAGUUUAUCACUGCGACAUCUGUAAUGAAGACCUGAAGCUGACCUCCACUGAGAUCCUCAAACACAAAAGGCAGCACAUGUACUCUACCAACUAACUGCUCACUGUGUGAAAAGUAACAACUACAACUAUUUUCUGUCAAAAAAUACAUGUUUUUUCAAAUAAAGUCUGUUUUUUUAA